CCCAAAACAUUCCUGUUCUCUGUGGAGAGAAGGGCGCUGUCUCGUUGCGCACUUAUUAUUCUGCUAUAAACCUCCGUUCUAACUGCAUCAUCUCGCUGUGAAACCUGCUCUGUGUUUCCAGGGAUCUCUGCUCCGCCGUGAGGAAGAACCACUGACUGAAGAUGUCUGGUGUGGAUGAAGAGGAGGACGGAUCAGAGUGUGAGGACAGAAAUCAGCAGCUCAGACCCUCAGCAGAGUCUUCAGGAUCCAGCAGGUUGUCUCUGAAGAGUGACUGGUCCAGAAUGACUCCUCCAGUCUUCAGUGGUGAACCUGGACCUUCAGAGUCAAAAAAUCAGCAGCUCAGACCCUCAGCAGAGUCUUCAGGAUCCAGCAGGUUGUCUCUGAAGAGUGACUGGUCCAGAAUGACUCCUCCAGUCUUCAGUGGUGAACCUGGACCUUCAGACUCAAACUAUCAGCAGCUCAGACCCUCAGCAGAGUCUUCAGGAUCCAGCAGGUUGUCUCUGAAGAGUGACUGGUCCAGAAUGACUCCUCCAGUCUUCAGUGGUGAACCUGGACCUUCAGACUCAAAAAAUCAGCAGCUCAGACCCUCAGCAGAGUCUUCAGGAUCCAGCAGGUUGUCUCUGAAGAGUGACUGGUCCAGAAUGACUCCUCCAGUCUUCAGUGGUGAACCUGGACCUUCAGACUCAAAAAAGAGGAAGAGCAGUGAUGUCUGUGAGGAGCAGCCAGAAAAAUCCAGAAGCGUCGCUGCACCAAGUGUUGAUCUGCAGCAGCUUUUAGAAGAACAUAAGAAGAGUCUGAGGAGGAGAUGUGAACGUGUGACUGAAGGAAGUGAUGAAGCAGGAGGAGGAAGCCUCCUCAACAGGAUCUACACUGAGCUCCACAUCACAGAGGGACUCAGUGAGGAGCUUCAGAGGGAACCUGAGCUGAAGCAGCUGGAGACAGCUUCCAGGAAGGAGAGCCUCCAUCACACUGCCAUCAGGGUUCAGGACAUCUUCAAAGCCUCGGCCCAGCAGCUCAGACACAUCCGAGUGGUUCUGACCAACGGCGUGGCCGGCAGUGGAAAAACCUUCUCCGUGCACAAGUUCAGUCUGGACUGGGCCGAGGGCCUGGAGAACCAGGAUGUCAGUGUGCUGGUGGUGCUCUCCUUCAGGGAGCUGAACCUGCUGGGAGAGCGGUCGUACAGUCUCCUCUCGCUGCUGGCUGUUUUCCAUCCCACGCUCCAGAAGCUGACGGCAGAGGAGCUGGCUGUCUGCAAGCUGCUCUUCAUCUUGGACGGCCUGGAUGAAAGCAGACUUUCUCUGGACUUCAGCAGCAGCCGGCGGCUGCUUGACGUCUCCCAGCAGUCUUCAGUCAGCCUGCUGCUCACUAACCUCAUCCGGGGGGAUCUGCUGCCCUCGGCUCGGGUCUGGAUCACUUCCCGACCGGCGGCGGCCCAUCAGAUCCCUCCAACAUAUGUGGACAGACUGACAGAAGUGCGAGGCUUCACUGACGCCCAGAAGGAGGAGUACUUCAGGAGGAGGCUGAGUGAUGAGGAGCUGAGCAGCAGAAUCAUCUCCCACAUCCAGACCUCCAGGAGCCUCCACAUCAUGUGUGGAAUCCCAGUCUUCUGCUGGAUCACUGCUACAGUUCUGGAGCACAUGUUGAGCAGCGAGCAGAGAGGAGAGCUGCCCCAGACCCUGACUGACAUGUACUCCCACUUUGUGCUGGUUCAGACACACAGGAAGAAGCUCAAGUACCAUGAAGGACCUACCAAGGGUUUACGGAAGCUGACAGAGGCUGACAGGGAGCUUCUUCUGAAUCUGGGCAGGAUGGCCUUUAAAUAUCUGGCGAAAGGAUACAUCCUGUUCUACCAAGAAGACCUGGAGCAGUGUGGUCUGGACGUGACUGAGGCCUCGCUGUUCUCUGGAAUCUGUACUCAGAUCUUCAAAAGAGAGUCUGUGAUCUUCCAGAAAGCCGUCUACAGCUUCGUCCAUGUGACUGUUCAGGAGUUUCUGGCUGCAGUCUUCAUGUUCCACUGCUUCACCAGUGGGAAGACAGACGUGCUGACGACCUUCAUCCGAAAGAAUGAUGCUUUCACAUCUUUGGACAUCUUCCUUCAGAAAGUCGUGGAAAAAUCCGUCAGAAGUCCAAACGGCCACCUGGACCUGUUUGUCCGCUUCCUUCAUGGCCUCUCUCUGGAAUCCAACCAGAGACUCUUAAAAGGUCUGCUAGGUCGCACAGAGAUCAGUACAGAAACCAUCCAGAGAGUCAUCCAGAACCUGAAGGAGAUCAACAGUGAUAAAAUGUCUCCUGACAGAAGCAUCAACAUCUUCCACUGUCUGACGGAGAUGAAGGACCUCUCAGUACAUCAGGAGAUCCAAGAGUUCCUGAAGUCAGAGAACAGAUCAGAGAAGAGACUCUCUGAGAUCCACUGCUCAGCUCUGGCCUACAUGCUGCAGAUGUCAGACCAGGUCCUGGAGGAGUUGGACCUGAAGAAGUACAACACAUCAAAGGAGGGACGACGGAGACUGAUCCCAGCUGUGAGGAACUGCAGAAAGGCUGAACUUUCUCGAUGUCAACUCUCUGAUUGUCACUAUGAGGUGAUCUCCUCAGCUCUGAAGUCUGACCCCUCCCAUCUGGAACAUCUGGACCUCAGUGGCAACAAACUGGAGGAUUCAUCAGUGAAGAUUCUGUGUUCUGGACUGGAGAGUCCAAACUGUCAGCUGGAGACUCUGAGGUUGGAGAACUGCUGGAUGUCAGAGAUCAGCUGUUCUUCUGUGGCCUCAGCUCUGAAGUCCAACCCCUCCCUCCAGAAACAUCUGGAACAUCUGGACCUGAGUCAGAACCAUCUGCAGGAUUCAGCAGUUGAGCAGCUGUGUGGUUUUCUGCAGAGUCCACUCUGUGGUCUGCAGACUCUGAGGUUGAGGGACUGCAGUUUGUCAGAGAUCAGCUGUUCUUCUGUGGCCUCAGCUCUGAAGUCCAACCCCUCCCUCCAGAAACAUCUGGAACAUCUGGACCUGAGUGUGAACCCUCUGCAGGAUUCAGGAGUUUCUCAGCUGUGUGAUUUUCUGCAGAGUCCACUCUGUGGUCUGCAGACUCUGAGGUUGGACUUCUGCAGGUUGUCAAGGAUCAGCUGUUCUUCUCUGGCCUCAGCUCUGAAGUUCAACCCCUCCCACCUGAAGGAGCUCCACCUGGAUUUAAACCAGCUGCAGGCUCCAGAUGUGCAGCAGCUGGUUGAUCUCCAGCAGAGUCCAGACUGCAGCCUGCAGACUCUGAGGUGGAAGAACUGAGAUCAGAGCUUCAUCCAGCAGUGAGUGACAGAGUAACUACCAGAAAAUCUGCAGAGUGUCAGCGGUGCAGUGUGAAGAGUCCAGCAUCGAACUGGGGUUCCUCUAUAUGUGAUGUUGUACUGCUGAAGAAUAAGACAACUCCUGCACAGGGCCGUUUCAAGGAAUUUGGGGGCCCCAGGCAAGAUGGACAUUGACCCCCCCCUAAAAAAAAAAAAAAAGAAAAAAAAGGGUUAUUGUCUCAGUUCACUCACACUUUGUAACAAAAACAUCUUUUUUUUUAUCUUCCU